CUCUAGAGGGCAGUAAACCCGAGGCUAAUUAAUAAACAUCAUCUGUUUGGACGAAAGCUGGUUGAUACAGAGAAAAUGUCGGAGUACAACUCGGUUCAAAAAGGCUCUUUAAAGCUCAAAGGAGUCUCUGUAGCAAGUAAAAAGAAAAAGAAGAAGGACAAGGAAAGGAAGCGUUUAGAGGAGCAGGUUUUGACCAGUCAAAACGAAGAAGAAACGAAGAAAGUCUAUGUUGAUAAAAGGACACCAGCACAGAUUGCGUUCGACAAAUUACAAGAGAAAAGGCAAAUGGAAAGAAUUUUAAAGAAGGCCUCCAAAACACACAAGAGAAGAGUUGAGGAUUUCAACAGACAUCUGGACACACUGACAGAGCAUUACGACAUUCCCAAAGUCAGCUGGACGAAAUAAAUAUCUAUGGAUUUUCCACUGGGUGCAUUCAGAGCAAAAUCAACUGCCAUAAUGUUACCAUACAUGCUCCUUGCUUACUCUGCAACAAAGUCCAGAGUGAUUUUUCUCAGUUUUCAUUUUCCAGUUGG